UAUGGCCCCCGGUUUUAGUCCUGAACCUUUGAUUUUUCUUCCCUUCUCUCUCUGUCUUUCUGUUUCUUCUCUUUCUUCUUUCUAUAUAGACAGAUAUCAUCUCCACUUUCUUCCUUAACUUCCCUAUCAUCCCCCGUAAUCUCUCUUAUGAUCUUCGUACGCGCACUUCACUGCAUUUUCAGUUUUAUACGAAUACGAAAUUCACGCUCUUCAGUCAACCGCACUUAUUUCAUUUGCACUCCUGAUUAGGCCAUAUUUCUUCUUCAACCCAUGUGAAAGUCACGAUCUCGACAACGACUAACCUUCCGGCCUUUGGGUGUGGAGUUUUAUUUCUUGUACGUGGUGUUCUGAAUCCAUUAGUCGAAGCGAAGAUCUUCGUGUCUGCGUGAAUCAUGUUUGGGUGAAAGGACAGAGGUCAUCUGCAUCAAUUCAGGUUCUGAGAUUCGGUUGAUCUGUAAUAAUUUAACUGUGAAAAUGGAGGCGGGUUUGGUGGAGCAGGGAAGAGACAGAGCAGCUGGGCAUGUGAACAAGGUCGGUUAUGUGAAGAGAUUCAUCGGUAAGAAGAGGAAGCCUUACAGAAGGGUUAGGCGUCCCACGGUUUCAAAGGCGCUUCAGGAGCUUUUUGUGUCAUGCCGAGACACAUUUAAAGGUCCUGGCACCGUUCCUUCUUCUCAAGAUGUUCAGAAACUAUGCCACAUUCUAGAUGCCGUGGAGCCAGAAGAUUUUGGACUGAGCAGUGACUUGCAAUUCUUCAAGCCAGGGAAUGUGUUCAAAGAGAAUCCAAGGGUCACAUACACAACCAUUUACCAGUGCGAUAAUUUCUCUCUCUGCAUCUUCUUCCUGCCUGCAACGGGGGUGAUUCCCCUCCAUAACCACCCGGGAAUGACUGUGUUCAGCAAGCUUCUGCUCGGAAAAAUGCACAUUAAAUCCUACGACUUGGUUGAUCCUAUUCCUGAGACAUGUGAGAAUACGCCUCGACAAUCUGAAUUGAAGUUGGCCAAGUUAAAAGCUGACAAGGUCUUCAGUCCACCUUGUGAGACUUCAGUGUUGUACCCGACCACAGGAGGUAACAUUCAUGAAUUCACAGCCGUCACUCCGUGUGCAGUGCUUGACGUGCUUGGCCCUCCUUAUUCUAAACAAGAUGGCCGCGACUGCUCCUAUUACAGAGAUCAUCCUUGCGCUGCCUUUUCAAAUGGAGAGAACAAGGCGGUGGCGAAAGAGGAAAAUACUUGUUAUAGAUGGUUGGAAGAGAUUGAGAUGCCAGAGAAUUCUCAGAUGGAUGGGAUUGAAUACUUGGGACCCCCAAUUAUUGAACCUGCUAGUUAAAUCAUUUCAAAGCUAUGCAGGAAGAAUCCUAACCUGCUAGUUCUCUGUUGAGCGAUCUUCAUAUAUGUUUGGUGAUAGAGAUAAUAUUUUAUUACGAAUUUAGAGAUGCAUUCAAGCUUUGGUCUUCGUGAAUCGCAUCAUGUCACCACCCUUGUGGGAUCUAUACUCUCAGAUGUACAUAUCAACAGAUCUCCUUCGCUUUAAGGAAUUAGAAUCUACUAGGCCACCACUUGUGUCAAAA